AUGCAGAAUCUGGGUCUCCUUGUUGGGCGGGAAUGCUACAAGCGCUGUUCUUCGCUCGUCCAGUACUUCGGCCGGGCGGAUCUGGGAUUCGCGGCCCCCAGAAUUUGCCUUCUGAUGGAGUUUAUGCCACAGACAAUCGAGUCGCUCCUUGAUCCCCGUUCAUUUUGGCGCCUCGCAACGCCGCCCGCGGCCGCGCCGUGGCUCCUCGCGAUCGCCGAGGGUUUGAAGGUUUUGCACGACCAGAGCUGGGCGCAUGGGAGCCUCACUCCCGGCAAGGUUCUGACAUCAUCUGACGGAACAGUCGUGAAGCUGGGCGACUUUGGGAUGCGCUACAUCGUUGCGGAGCGACGAGACAGGGAAAGCUCAAAGACCGGAGCCCCCUCCGCGGGGGGGACUUCCGAGCUGGUGAAAGCACCGGGGGUUUGGGAGAUUGAGUGCGAAGAAGACGAGCCAGAUUUUAGCGCGGACAUAAUCGCGUUUGGUCGCAUGAUGGCGUACUUGGAACACCGAAAGUGCCCGGGGACAGAUACCAAGGACUACCAGGAUCUGAAAAACCUCUGCCUAGACGCGGCCGGGGGAUCCCCCUUGUCAAUCGACGGUGUCUUGAAAAUCCUUCAUAGUUUUGACGUAAGCUCGUCGAAAGAGAUGGUUGAGACUGAAGGAAGCGGGUCCUGUGAGAAAGGGGGUCAGGAUCAAAACUCCUGA